AAAGGCCAGACAAAAAUCGAAAUGGGAAGAACAAGAGUCACCUCUAAGAGCAACGAGGACGCUUCAAAAGAUGCGGCGAGUUUGUCUCAAAAAGACGAAAAUGGUGGAAACGGUGAUAAAAAGCAAAAAGAGGUAAAAUCCGGUGUUGGAUCAGCGAGUGGGGAAUUGGCGGAUGGACCAAAGAAAGAUUGUGAAAGUGCAGACUGCAGCCGGCAGGAUGCCGGAGAUGGUGGGACUGUGGGAGCGCGUCAAGGACAUUGGCUCCGGCGGCUUCGGCAUGGUGGUACUCUGGAGGAACGUCACAACCGACCAGAAAAUCGCCAUCAAGCAGUGCAGAUGGGGGGAGCCUGGCUCCGGCACGGAGGCCCUGAUUCAGCCCAAAGUCCGCGACAGAUGGAAAAAGGAGGUGGAGAUCAUGCUCAAACUGAACCACAGAGGCAUCGUCAGCUGCAUGCCACUACCUGGCGACUUUCAGCUGGACCCGGCCGCGCUGCCGCGGCUCUGUAUGGAGUACUGCGAGGGAGGAGACCUCAGACGGGUGCUGCUGCGUCCGGAGAACUGCUGCGGCCUGCCGGAGCUGGAGGUCCGCCAGUUUCUCAGUGAUAUCACGGACGCACUGUGCUACCUCCACGGUCUGCGGAUCAUCCACCGGGAUCUGAAACCCGAGAACGUCGUCCUGCAGACAGUGCACGGCAAGCCGCUGUACAAGCUGAUCGACCUGGGGUACGCGAAGGAGCUGGACCAGUCGAGCGUCUGUACGUCGUUCGUGGGGACGCUGCAGUACCUGGCGCCGGAGCUGUUCCUGACUAACAAGUACACCUGCACCGCUGACUAUUGGAGCCUGGGCCUGGUGGCUUACGAGGUGGUCACUGGAGUGCGGCCCUUCCUGCCUAACAUGCCUCCAGCCAUGUGGAUGCAGCACGUGUCUCGGAAGGACCCGUCUCAUAUAGCUGCCGAGCGGAUGGAGGACGGCUUUAUCCAGUUCCGCUCGGAGAUAUCCGUCUGUAACCACAUCUCGCCUCCGCUGCGCCACCACCUGGAGGGGUGGCUGCGCCGACUGCUGGACUGGGAGCCGCGGCGGCGCGGCCGGCCGCUGCCUCCCGCCGCCGCCGGCUCCCCACAGUCAGCUCACGGAGCGGGAGGACAGCGGGGGCUGGAGGAGGGACUGGCUGGGAUGGCGAUGUCGACACCGGCACAGGGGGCGGCGCAGGCCGGGCCGGAGGCGGCCCCAGGACCUGUGAUAGUUUUCCGUCAGCUCCAGGAGCUGCUACAGAGGAGGGUGGUAGCGGUGUUUGUGAACACUCCUGUCAGCUGCUACACGCCGAGAUAUCGGAGAGUACCACCAUGGGACAACUGCAGGACUAUAUCGCUCGAGAGACGGGCCUGGAGCCCUCCUCGCAGCAGCUGUGCCUGCCGAGCUCGACCGACCUGCCUGUGAGGACGGUGGAUACGACCCCUUCCCAGUCUGCGCUGCAGUGCUGGGCCCCUCCGGAGG